GCGGGUCGUAGAACAUUCGUUAAUUGGACAUGAAAAUGAAAGCCAUUACACUUUGCCUUUUGGUACUGGUUUCGGCCACUUGCCUGCUGACCACUCGGGCCCAUUCCCUAGAAUCCCGUGAAAGCAACUUGGACUAUGAAUUUGAUUUUGAAUCAGAGCUGGAGGAUCUGCUGGAUGAAUUGGAUAAUGACAACGACUAUAUGGAUGUGGAGGCCCAGGGCUUUAUUAAAACAUGCAAGAAAAUCCUUCGCAAGGCUUUGAAAACAGUUCGUGGCACCAACUGCAUUAUCAAGGAGGUGGUAAAUAUCCUGAGCUCCUGCACCAGCUAUGUGGAUGCCAUCGAUGACUGCGGAACAGCCAUUCCCAAGGAUGUGGCCAAGAUUGUGGAUUCCGUGAAGCAGAUUAUAAAAAUCUGCGACGAUAUUCUACACCUCCAUUCGAAACUUUGUGCCAAGGAUGAGUCCUCCGAUGGCUCGAUCAUUAAGAACUCCUCCAAGUGCUUUUGGAAAUUGUUCAAGGCCUCAAUGAAGUUGACCAGGAAGAUUAAUAAGACCCUGAAACUGAUUGCCAAAUUGCCCUCAGAUACCAGUUCCUGCUUCGUAAAAGCUACAAAUAAUGUCACCGCCUCCUUUAACUCUUUUUUGCCCAACAUUGAUGUCUGCAUAGAGUCUAUGUGAACUGUGUAUAAUUAUAUAGCUGAUUAAAUACUAUAUGUGCUGGUUUCACCAGAACAAAGUGUGAAAGACAAA